GCAAUGGCGCGUAACGAGGAGAAGGCGAUGUCGAUGUUGAACCGAUGGCUGCGGGUGCAGUCCGGGGAAGACAACAAGAAGAAGGAGAGAAGGCCAUACUCCGCCACUAUGGUCGAAUCCCUGCCAGAGGCAGAGAAGUGGAGGAGGCAGAUAGUGGGAGUCAUCACUAAGAAGGUCGCGGAGAUUCAGAACCCUGGGCUCGGAGAGUUCAAGAUACGCGACCUCAACGAUCAGAUCAACCGACUCUGCCGAGAAAAAACGAAUUGGGAGCGUCGCAUCAUUGAGCUCGGAGGCCCAAACUACUUGAAAUCUUCGAGUGUGCUGGACGCAGAUGGCAAGGAGGUACCCGGCACGAAGGGCUACAAGUACUUCGGAGCCGCUAAGGAUCUUCCUGGUGUUCGCGAGCUGUUCAAGAGCGAUCAUGAAACUCCAGCCGCCAAGAGAAGUCGCACUGACAUGUACAAGUGUGCUGAUGCCUCCUACUUCGGCUAUCGCGAUGAGGACGACACAAUCUUGCUCCCGCUUGAGAAUGCUGCUGAGCAGGAAGCCGUCGCGCAAGCGGUGCUGGAGUGGACGGAGAGGCAGGAGAAGGGAGGCGUGCAGAAAGACGACGACGACGAAGACGAGCCGCAGGACAAGAGCGACUCGUUCGUCGCCCAUGUCGCGGUACCAAGCAGGGAGGAGCUGGAGCGAGCGGCUCUUGCGGCGAAGAAACGUCAGAUGCUCGCUCAAUACGUCUCACAGGACGAGUAGGUCUCAUUGCAGCCAUCUCCUCCACUGUCUCCUCCUUCUCCCCCUUCCCCUCCACCCCCCCCGACAGCUAGAAGUUCACUCUCCGUCUCUUCUCCCUGCUCGCCUAUGGGUCCGCGUACCACCUGCUCCGACAAAUAAACGAAGUGAAAGAGG